AUGCGCGUGUGCGUGGGUGGAAGAAGAGAUGAGAAGUGGACGAAAAUGACUGUUGAUGAUUGGUGUAGUGGUUUAGAUGGUGAUUAUGAUGAUUAUGAGGAUCAGGAUGAUGAUAAUGGGGAUUAUAAUGAAGAUGAGGAUGAUAAUGAUAAGGAUGAUAAUGGUAAUGAGAAUGAUAAUGAUAAUGAUAAUGAUAAUGAGGAUGAGGAUGAUAUUGAGGAUGAGGAUGAGAAUGGUGAUGAAUGA